CGUCCACCGCUUAGAUCCAGACCGGUGCUCCUGAUGGCGCCAAAAACCGCCUCCAUGAUGACUGAAUGCAAUGGAUCACGAGUCCUCUCCUUGGACUCGAGGAGGUCAAACCCAUCCUCGCGCCCAGGCCGCCGACGCCUCCUCCUUUUGCUCAUCAGGGCCUGUCGCCCGAGAGCAGUGUCAAGGGUGCGGACAAGGGUUCCCAUAAAUCCAAGCAGCUGAGUCUCCAGAUUGGAGCCGCCGCUGCCAAUGCUGCGCUCCUCCGAAAUAAUUUCGCCGCCCACUUCCCGGAUCUCUGGAGGUAUGAAAUAGAGAACCCACUUCUAGACCCUUCUUCGGUCGACCGUCACUCCAACAGAAAAUUGAAUCAAGCCAGACCGGUCAACUCUUUCAAGAGUGCCCCCGAGCCCAAGCCCAUCGAACUUGAAUUCAAGGCCGACUUGAAAGGGAUUGCAGAAGAAGCGCUUCUGAAAGAGGCCAAAACACAGCAACCGCCAUCUAGAGAGCCUCUUGAAGAGAAGGAAAAUGGAAACGUGGUGCUCCCUCCGUUGUCAGCCCUAGUCAAUGGUUCGGCUGGGCCCAAGGCCCAGCCCAUACUGGGCCCGUCUCCCUCGCCGCUCAGCAAGUUCCAUAUCAGCGCUCCAGAAAGCCGAGACUCGCUCGCGGCGUUUCGUAAUCCGCCAGCAGCUCAAACGGCCGACACUUCUGGCUUGAGGUUACCUCCAAUACAAACAAAGCUCAGUCAGCUCAAUGAACUUGGGCCUGUCCUGCCGCCGCCGAACGGGCCUUCUCCACGUCCUGUGGGCACGCCAUACUCCCUUCCUCCCGUCACCGCCGUGUCCCCUCCUUUGACCAGGGUUGAUACCAAUCCUCGGGAACAAUAUCACUCAGCAGCUUCAUUGGCGCAAUCAAAAAUACCGCCCACCCCUUACUCGCAUCUAUCACCUGCGAGCACGCAAGCCAUAUCCACCGCCUCAUCGCCGGCUUCGCAGCAACCUUAUUGGCGUAAUGUCAAGGCAGCUUACCCAUACGACCCACCAUCCACAGCCUCCAACAGAAGCCCUGCAUCGAGUUAUCCGACGCCGAUAGAACGUGCCCCGACAGGGGCUUGUGAGCCGGUGGGGUUUGCGCCUUCUUCACAAGGCAGUACAGCCGCCCCAACGGGUACAUUCAAAUGCUCACAUCCAGGAUGCACAGCGCCUCCUUUCCAAACGCAAUACCUGUUGAAUUCGCAUGCGAAUGUUCACUCACAAGAUCGGCCUCACUUCUGUCCAAUUGAAGGCUGUUCACGUGGCCCUGGAGGGAAGGGGUUUAAGCGCAAAAAUGAAAUGAUUCGGCAUGGGCUCGUUCACAAUUCUCCCGGAUACGUCUGCCCGUUCUGUCCAGAUCAGCAGCACAAGUAUCCGCGACCUGAUAAUCUCCAGCGGCAUGUGAGAGUCCAUCACAUGGAUAAAAACAAAGACGAUCCAGCUCUUCGACACGUCCUCUCCCAGCGACCCGAAGGUAGCGGCCGAGGGCGACGGCGUCGAAUGAAUCCCCAAUAACAUCCACCCUUAAAUGAUGCCUGCUCCAUCACAGCGCUGUUCUAUUCUGCUCUGUUCCGUUAGGAGACGGCUUUCUCCGGCAUUCUCUGGAGAAUAACGCGGCCAUUCUCUGAGUGGUUCAAAGCACAUGCAUUACGAUAUCCUGCUUUAUUUCCUCGACUCGACUUCGCUUCUAGCUUUGUUUCGACUAGCGAUGCGAUACCAGAUGUUAAUUCUAGAACAUUUGUGCUUUGCUCGGUCAUUCGUUCUUGCAUUCACUUUGCUCCCCUCGGCCGUAACGGGGAGCAAAGACGGAGCGUGGAGUGUUACCUGGUUUCGGUUUCGGCGUACUUGAUUUGAUCUUUCUGAUCUCUCCUCGUUCGUUUUGUUCUCGCUUUUCUCGUCUCCUUUGCAUGGUAUUUUCAGCGUUGCAAGUUGUCUGCAUAUUACGGGGUCCUCGUCUAUUCAUUCCGGGACCGGCGUCUAGGGCCUGAAUUUGAGUUUUGAGUAUCAUCUUAGUUCGAGGUUAUGGGCUGGGCUGGGCUGGUUUGAUGGCGUUGUGGAAGAAAGGAGAUUGAAAAGAAAGGGAAAAGAAAAAUGACUUUGCUUGACUUGAAGAAAACGCAGCCAGCUAGCCAGGCCUGUAACUAUGACUAUCAUGAGUAUUUAACUAUAUUUUCAACAAAUUACACGCU